AUGAUCUUGUCUGAUGGUGAAGUAGGGUUUAACCAGAGUGCUGUUGUUGACAUGCGUGUCGCUGCUGCUCGUCGUACAGCAUCUUGCACAUCGGCGACCACGGCAAAUCGGAGGGACACUGAUUUUCGGGAAAAGAUUCAACGCCGUGACGAGAUGUGUGUUUUCACCUCCUGGGAUGGACAGGCCUGUCAUAUAAUACCUCACUCCCGCGGAGACCAGCAGAUACAAAUGCUUUCAGAGGAGCGCUUGAUUUUACCCUCAAUUCAAGAUAUCGGCGACCUCCGAAAUGGCAUCAUGUUAUGUGACACCCUCCAUGGCUUUUUUGACAAAAGGCUCGUUGCGGUUUUGGUUACUCCCAAUGCCAUUUUAGCCCGGGAAGAUGUUCCCCAGGCGGAUCAUCCUUGUAACCCUGCGGACCUUCGCCCUGCGCUCCUCGAUAUGCGGUAUACUUUGCAAAUCAUUAAUCUCAAUGAUAGCAAGUUACACCGACUGGAACAUAAUUAUGCACCCAAUAACCGAGAUGCUAAAUUCAAGGAUGCCAGGCCGACAUCACUGCCAGAGGCUUCCCUUCUCCAUUACCUGUACGGCGCCGCCAUCCUGACAGCCUUUGGCCGUUCGGGGGUCGUAGCUUGGCAAGCGUCCGGCAAUUGGAGAACACCCCGGAAACAAUCCUACCCUGCCACGAGAUCUUUCAACGCGCGGACCUUAGAAAAUUGUACAUUGACCCGAGCGAAGCGCGAGGGAACAUCGCCUUACUCCUCAGAGUCCAAAUUGGCAGGUGGUCAUCGCAUAACAGCCGAUGAGGCCCUGGACUACAUGUCCAACAUCACGUCAAGGCAGCUGGCUUACCGGGAGCAAGCCCAGUGGGCUCAACACAAGCUUGAGAUUGACGCAUGGGUCAGUGGAUGUGCAGAAGGCAAUCCUGGGCGUACCAAGCAGGGUAAACGGAAGGGCGGUUCCAGAAAAUAA